AUGAGAAUAGAGGCCAUUGUCCACUCACGAGCAGCGUCUCCAACACUUGCCGCGGUGCAAGCAAACAUCGCCCCAACGCCCAAUGAGAAUAGGGGCCAUUGUCCACUCACGAGCAGCGUCUCGCGGAGGUGCGGCGAGUGCACCAGCGUCUCCAACACUUGCCGCGCGUCUCCAACACUUGCCGCGGUGCAAGCAAACAUCGCCACAACGCCCAAUGAGAAUAGGGGCCAUUUGUCCACUCACGAGCAGAGUCUCCAACACUUGCCGCGGUGCAAGCAAACAUCGCCCCAAUGCCCAAUAAGAAUAGAGGCCAUUGUCCACUCACGAGCAGCGUCUCCAACACUUGCCGCGGUGCAAGCAAACAUCGCCCCAACGCCCAAUGAGAAUAGGGGCCAUUGUCCACUCACGAGCAGCGUCUCGCGGAGGUGCGGCGAGUGCACCAGCGUCUCCAACACUUGCCGCGGUGCAAGCAAACAUCGCCCCAACGCCCAA